AUGGCGGAUGCUCAACAACAGCAUGCCCCUGGUGGCCACUACUCGGGGUCGAACAAGAUCCCGACCAUCAACCAGUUCAUCGAAAGACUAGAUCGCGACAAGGCCACUCGCGACAAGCAGAUCGAGGAGCAAAAGCAAGCUCAGGUAUCUCAAAAGAAUGGCGACGCAGUCCCUCACCAGCAGUCAUCGGGCCUGCACGCGAAGGAAAACCAGCAAAAGGUGACAGACCCGACCACCGGCAAGGAGGUAGUCAUCGAAGAUGUCAACCAGGAAAUGGUGGAUGCAGCUAAGAACCCCAUGCUCUCUGUACCAAAUGCGAACCUGGGCAAGCCUACAACAGACCCGUCGCAGUCGAUGGCCGAGUACAAACACAACCAAGAUGUCACCGCGCCUCCGGAUCCCGUCGCUGAAGGUAGUACUUCAGACGUGCCCAUCCAUGGCGAGAAGACCAACAUUCUGUUCCACCCUACACCUUCUGUCAGCUACGAGCCCUUCUUCGCUGCCAUGGAGAAGAGAGCCACCGGUCUCUGCAUCGGUGUCUUCCUUGGAAUCGUCUUUGUCGGAAACAUCUUUGGCGGUCGCCUUCUCGGCCUCAUCCCUCUGGCCAUGUGUGUGGCGUCCGGUGUCUUCCUCUGGGCCAAAGAGGUCAUCCGCAGUGGCAGAGAAGUCGAGUGGGACACCGAGAAGAUCAGAGGUAGAACAGCUACCGCCAACCUCCUCCCUGAAUCCGUUGAAUGGAUGAACACCCUGCUUGGAAUCGUCUGGGGUCUCGUCAAUCCGGAUAUGUUCCAGAGUGUCGCCGAUACCCUCGAGGACGUCAUGCAAGCAUCCGUUCCUGGUAUCAUCGAGAACGUCCGCGUCGCAGAGAUCAACCAAGGCAGCAACCCUAUCCGCAUCCUCAGUCUACGCGCUCUCCCCGAUGAGCACAUGAAAGAGAUGAAGCAAGCGAUCCAUGAGGAAAACAAGAAGACAAAGGACCCUCAAGAAGCCGCUGCCGACGAGGAGGGUGGCGACUACUACAACCUCGAAGUCUCUUUCGCAUACCAUGCCGCUCCCUCUGGCAAGAGAGCUUCGGACAGAGCCAGAAACAUGCACAUGCAACUGGUCUUCUACCUUGGUAUCAAGGGUCUGUUUGGUGUACCUCUUCCCAUCUUUGUUGAGCUGCAAGAGCUAGUCGGUACCGUCAGAUUGCGCAUGGCCAUGACUCCAGAACCUCCUUUCCUCAAGACACUGACUUUCACGCUCAUGGGCGUGCCUCACGUGCAAGCAGGAUGUAUUCCCAUGAUCGAGAAGGGUGUCAACAUUCUCAACCUCCCUCUGAUCUCCAACUUUGUCAACUACGCUAUCGGCGCGGCUGCUAGCAUGUACGUCGCUCCCAAGUCUAUGUCUCUUGACAUGAGAGCUAUGCUCCAGGGCGACGACAUCACCAAAGAUGUCCAAGCUCUCGGUGUCAUGUGGAUCCGUAUCCAUCGUGCUGUUGGUCUCAGUAAGCAGGACAAGCGUGGCAGCAAAUACGGAGGUAGUGAUCCAUACAUCACCCUUUCUUUCUCCAAGUAUGGAAAGCCCAUGUACUGCACACGUGUCAUUACUGAUGACUUGAACCCGAUUUGGGAAGAAACUGCUGCCCUUCUUGUCACCCCCGAGCUCAUCAAGGCCGAUGAAAACCUGAGUGUCGAGCUGUGGGACUCUGAUCGCCACACCGCUGACGACAUCGUCGGAAAGGUCGAGUUGUCCAUGCAGAAGAUGAUCCAACACCCUGGCAAGAUGUACCCCCAGGUUUCUAAGCUUGCUGGUAUGGACUCUGACAGCGAAAUGCCUGGAGAACUUCACUGGGAGGUUGGCUUCUUUGGCAAGCCUCAGUUCAGACCUGCUCUACGCACUGAUGGCAAGAACCACGCACUUCCCCAGAACCUUCGCGACAAGCCCGAACUUCAGGACGACAAAGGCGUAGCCAACACCGAAACUGAUGACGCUGUCCAGCACACACCUCCGGAUCCUCUCUGGCCCAGCGGUGUCUGCAGUAUCGUCGUCCAUCAGAUUGUUAACCUCGAACUUGAUAACAUCAAGGGCACGGAAGGCAGUCGCAAGGGCAGAGAAUACGAACCUGCUAAGCCCAGUGGUGAAGGUACUGAUGAAGAGGGCGAUCAGCUUCCUACCAGUUACUGUACUAUCCUCUACAACGACGAGCUGGUCUACAGGACUCGCGCCAAGGCAGUCAGCAGUCAGCCUAUCUUCAAUGCCGGUACUGAACGCUUCGUUCGCGACUGGAGAUCCGCCGUCAUCACUGUUACCGUGCGUGACUCCCGCAACCGCGAACACGACCCCAUCCUUGGAGUUGUGCCUCUCAAGUUGUCCGAUGUCAUGGAGACAAGCUCCCAAGUCACUAGAUGGUACCCUCUCGAUGGUGGUAUCGGCUUCGGUCGCAUUCGUAUCUCGCUUUUGUUCCGCAGCAUCGAAACUCGUCUUCCUCCUAACAUGCUUGGCUGGGAUGUUGGUACCUUCCAGUUCCUUUCUGACAGAAUUACCGCGACUGGCUACUCUCAUCAUGCUAAGCUUAAGAUGCGCACUGGUGGUUCUAUCGGAAAGCUACCUCGCACACAAUGCCACAAGACUGACAACGGUCUUGAAUGGGAAGUGCAACACAACGAGAAGAAAGACCCCAUCCGUCUCCCCGUCAAGUACCGCUACCGCAGUCCUAUCGUCUUCGAAUUCCACCUAUCUGGCAAGCGCAAGGCGGACGCCCAUGCUGUUCUCUGGCUGCAACAUUUAGUCGACAACGAGUCUACCGAGAUCGACAUUCCCAUCUGGCGCACCUCGGCUCCUGCAAGAUUGACCCAAAACUACAUCACAGAGGACAACGCAACCAAGGCUAUGCCUGGACUGGACGAUCUCGAAGAGGUUGGCCGUCUCAAGUUCACUGGUCGCUUCAAGGCUGGCAUGGAUGAAAGCCACGAGCAAUUCGUUGCUGACAACGAGUCUCGUGAGACUUACGAGACCUGGGAGGCAUGUCUUGCUGAGGGUGUUCGCACGAGAUUAGUCGAGAAGGAGAUGCCUGAUCGCGUGCAAGCGCUGCACGAGAAGUCACUCACAGAAGGUCGUGACAUCCUUAAGGAGGAAGAACCUGAUGAGAAGCAAAAAUGGCUCAGCAAGCAAGGCACUGACUGGAGUGGCGCGUUUGGCGAAGACCCCAAGGCCUACGUGGACUCUCAAGGCAGAAAGCGCCGCGAGCCUGGUGCUGAGCCCCCUCUUCAUGACCCUCACAACCCUAGCUCCGACGAUGACAGUGAUUCGGGUGACGAUUCCUCGAACGAUCUCGGCAUCAUGGACGCCGAUAACUCAGAGAACCGUGGUGGCGAGAGAGCAGGCAGAAAAUCGUUUGCCAGUACCACUGGCGGCAGAAGCUCGUACGAUUCAUAUGCAGGCACAAACUCAACAUUCUCGGACCCCAACACGGGAGGCAGCCCCAAGAGUGUCAAUGCACAAAACAAGCGCACCGAAGAGCGCAAGCAGCGUGGCCUGAUGCAGUGGAAGCCAGCUCGCAACCUCAAGUUCGCCAAGGAUGAAGGCAAGAUUGGAUUGAGGAAGAUCAAGAACAAGUUGACUGGCGGUCUCAACGGUAGACAACCCGGUGUCGAGACCGAGACUGGAACGUAG